AUGGUAUGGAGAUACGCCCAAUGCGACGAGGAAAUGACUAUUGUCAUGCCCGCUGCCGUCGCUGUUGUUGCGAUCCGCUACAACCAGAAGAUCAUCAGCAACCAUUUCCGCAAGGAUUGGCAGCGUCGGGUUCGAACUCACUUCGACCAGCCCGGUAAGAAGUCGAGAAGACGCACAGCCCGCAAGGCCAAGGCUGCUGCCCUCGCUCCCCGACCCGUCGACAAGCUCCGACCCGUUGUGCGAUGCCCUACCAUCAAGUACAACCGUCGUGUCCGCUCCGGCCGUGGUUUCACCCUGGCUGAGCUCAAGGAGGCUGGUAUCCCCAAGGCUUUCGCUUCCACCAUCGGAAUCGCCGUCGAUUUCCGCCGACAGAACCUCAGCGAGGAGUCCCUUGCUGCCAACGUCGCCCGCCUUAAGGCUUACCAGGAGCGACUGAUCCUUCUUCCCCGCCGAUCCAACGCCCCCAAGAAGGGUGACACCAAGACCGACGUCUCCAAGGUCGAGAAGGCUGCUCUCCUCGCCUCCGCCUUCCCUAUUGCCCCUACCGACAUCGCGUUCAAGGAGAUCAAGAAGAGCGACAUGCCUUCCAACAUCGAGGCCGGUGCUUACCGAACUCUCCGUGUUUCUCGGGCCAACGCCCGCUACGAGGGUGCCCGCCAGAAGCGUGUGCGGGAUGCCGCCGAGGCCGAGACGGCCAAGAAAUAA